AUGGGAAUAGCUUUGACCAAGUGUGCUCAUGUGCUGGCAAUAGAAACUAUCAUUACUGCUAGCUGGUCCACUGCAGUGUAUAGGAGGCCAUCAAUUCUUAAAACCAGAGAUAGAUAUAUCAGUAGCCUGAAAAAGAAAUGCCAGAAGGAAUCUGAACAAAACAAAGAAAAGCAGAGAAGAAUUGAGACCUUGGAAAAGUAUCUGGCUGAUCUUCCAACUCUAGAUGAUGUACAGAGUCAGAGUCUACAGCUUCAGGUUCUAGAAGAAAAAAAUAAGAAUUUGCAAGAGACUCUCCUAGAUAUGGAAAAAAAACUUGAAGAGAUCAAAAAACAGUGUCAAGAAAAAGAGGCACAGCUAAUAUGCCAGAAAAAGAAAGAAAAGGAGUUGGUAACUACAGUUCAGAG